AUGCCAUUCAGUUUAUUCGUUUGCUUUAAGGUCGUUCAAGAAUACGAGCGUGCUGUUAUUUUCCGCUUAGGACGUUUGAUGCAGGGUGGUGCAAAGGGACCAGGAAUAUUUUUCACUUUGCCUUGUAUUGACGCAUAUGCUCGUGUUGACUUACGAACUCGCACGUAUGAUGUGUUGACAAAAGACUCGGUAACAGUAAGCGUUGAUGCUGUUGUUUACUACCGUGUAUCAAAUCCGACUGUAUCCAUUGCAAAUGUUGAGAAUGCACAUCAUUCAACACGAUUGCUUGCUCAAACAACACUUCGGAAUACAAUGGGUACACGUCAGCUGCAUGAGAUCUUAAGUGAACGAAUGACCAUUUCUGGGAGUAUGCAGCUUGUUCUUGAUGAAGCAACCGAAAGUUGGGGUAUCAAAGUAGAACGAGUUGAAGUAAAAGAUGUCCGAUUACCGGUUCAGUUGCAGAGAGCCAUGGCGGCAGAAGCUGAAGCAUCACGAGAAGCACGAGCGAAAAUUAUUGCAUCGGAAGGUGAACAAAAGGCAUCGCGUGCGUUACGAGAAGCGUCAGAAAUUAUUGGCGAUUCGCCAGCAGCACUUCAGCUGAGAUAUCUUCAGACAUUAAACACAAUUUCAGCAGAGAAAAAUUCAACAAUUAUUUUCCCUUUGCCCAUUGACAUGAUGACGUUCUUCAUGAGAAAGUAAACAUAAGUAGAAAGCACCCACAUUAAGUUGAGAGAAAAGUUUGCAAAUUUCAUCGAAGAAACCGACCAAGAUAGUCUUGAAUAAGAAGAAACGAUGACCAAAUAUUUGUGUUUUGUUGAUUUUGUAAUAUGUAUGUAUGAGAGUUUGUAUCCUUCGUUGUUUCUCUUUAUCAAUGUCUGUUAUAAGUAUUUUGUGCCUUUAAAUUUCAAAACAUAAAAGACAAUUGAAUUUUGAUUAGAAAGUUAACGAGCGUAAAUUCAUAGCUAAUCGAGAUUCAUCAUGAAUGUAAAACUUUCUCUUUUAAAGAUAUCAUUUGGAUAACAUUAUGUGAACUUUAUUAAAACAGAACUCUCGUCC